CUGAGCCGAGCUGUUUUGCUAUUGCCUAACAGAUUUGGUUCCAGUUUACUGUAGUUUUUGGGCAUCCUUUCGUUCUGGUAAACUGCAAGAUGGUUUUUAAGAACUUGUCUGCAAGUUGAGUAUGAAUAAUAUACUUGCACCAAUUUGAAGGGAGUUGGAAAGCAAUUUGUACCCUUAAAACGCAAGGAUAAUGGAGUAGUGAAGACAGAUGCUGGUGUUUAUAGGAGCUCAAUAGGCUGUUUACUCUAUUUGAUAGCCACAAUGCCCGAUAUCAUGCUUGUUGCAAGUUUAUUCUCGUGGUUCAUGCAAUCUCAAAAUGAAAAAUUUAACUGGGAUGAUGGAUCAGUGAAGACAGAUGUUGGAGUUUAUUGGGGCUUGAAGUGCUGUUUGCUUUAUUUGAUAGCCACAAGGCCCAGUAUAAUGUUUGCGGCAAGUUUACUCAAGGGUCAUGCAAUUUCCAGGGACUCUUGAUUACGGAAUGCCAAGGAGGAUGGUCAAGAGGACUUUACAAGGGAGCUUAAGAGGAAACGUAUAGUUUCCCCCCCAAGAAAGUGAACAGGUUGAAGCAGACCACUGCUCCAAGAGUGAAGUUGUGGACCCAAUUUCUCCUUCUACAGAUGAAAAACAGUCUCAGGUAGGCCAGUGCGCCGAGACAUCUGCGAAUCACAGUGAACUUUGGGACUUAGUUUGUCCUUCAUUAGGUGGCAAGCAGUCUGAGCUAAACAAGUGCAGAAAGACAUCUGAUAGUCCAAGUGAAGUUUUGGACCUGAUUUCUUCUUCGUUACGUGGCGAGCAGUCGGAGUUAGGGCAGUGCUUCAAGACAUAUGUCAAUGAAAGUCACCUUUUGAACUCCACUUCUUCUGUUGAAGGCAAGUGGUUUGAGGAAGGCCAGUGCUCCCAGAUGUUUACUAAUGAAAGUGAAUAUUUGAACUCAGUUUCUUCUGCUUUAGAAGGGAAGAGGUUUGAGAUUGGCCAAUGCUCCGAGACUUCUGUCAAUCAAAGUGAGCUUAUAAACUUCGUUUCUUCCUCCAUGGAUGGAAAGCGAUUUGAGCUAGGCCAGUGCUCCAAGAUGUCUGCUUAUCAAAGUGAAAAUGAGUUACGCAAGAAAACAGGCUCCGGUGGAAAAGAUUCUAUUAUGCCAGAGGACAACUCAGGUAAAGAAGAGGAAUUUAUUUCAGUUCAUGACUUUGAUUGCCUUCGUCCUAUUGGUACAAUUGAACUGGUGAUUCCUCAGUCUCAAAGAGAAAAGGGAAAAAUGAAAAUUGGAACUGGUGAUAAGUCAGGCAAAAGCAGUGAGCAAUCUGCUUGGCCAAAGUGUGAUUCCGAAGUCAAAUCUCCAGGAAACAAUUCCUCUUUAAAGGGUGUCCUGAAGAUUGGGAAGAAGCAGUGGAAGAAGUCUGGAAAGCAGCAGCGGAAGAAGUCCGGGAAGCAGCCGCAGAAAGAAGUCUGGGAAAAAGCAGCUGAAGAAUCUGGGGAAGAAAACUUAGGUAUGCUGCCCUUUAAGAAAGGUCAAGGUCAUUCUAUAACUGUUCUCUUUUCCGGGGUCUUAGCUCUGUUGGAUUUCAGCUUUUUUAAUUAGCCUCUUAAUGUGCUGUUUGUACUUGGCUCCUCGUUUUUAGACUCCAUAGAUGGCGAUCGAUCAAACCAUUAGUACUAUUGUCGCCAUGGUUGACUUGCUGUCUGAUUUUGUUGCCUGAGCUCAACAUGGAUUUAUUGUGGUAUGGUGAUUCUUGCCAUGAGAUGAUGAGUUCUGGGCCUCCUGUUGUCGACUCAAAAUGGACAUUGUGGCUCUCUUUUUCUGA